UGAAGAAUUAUCUGGGUCAGAACCGGCAUAUAAAAAAAACAAUGUCUGUUGUAACUCCCGAUGCGAUAGUACGUCCGUAAUCAAUCGUCUAAUAAAAACAAACCACAUCGUUGUCGAGAACGAAAGUAAUGAUAGAUAGAAGCAUCUUUAGUCUUUAAGCUACUGUCCGUGUGUCUAGAAGCGUUGCAUCCGUGUUCUUGCUACAAAAUGGGUGCCCUAGGAGCGGUAGAUAGUGUUUGCCAUUCUUGUGCGGAUGGUGGUGGGCAAUACGAUGGAGGUACAUGUAAAGCAACCGGAUGCCGAAAUGUACCAUCGGCAGGAUAUGAAACGUGGUGAAUUCGACUACGGUUACCACGUACAGACGGUUAACAACCAGUUCCAGCACAAGGUAAAAGGUCCGGAUGAUGUGACUUACGGUUGCUAUGGCUACGUGGAUCCUUCGAAUCGUAAACAUCUCGUGUACUACGUCGCGGAUCGCAUGGGCUAUCGGAUCAUCUUCCCGAACCGUCCCACAAAGAUCUUUACCGCGAAACUUGCGGACAGUUUAAAUAAACUGGAUGGUGUGGUUAAGGGCAAAGAUUACGACGAAAAGGUGGUGGAAUGGAAUAAUCUUUACAUGCCCGAGUCGUGCUUCCGACUGCACGAGAUUUUAGAACCUGCCGCUAGCAAUCAGUCGCCGGUGCAACAAGUUUCGCCUACACGCGUUCCGGCGACGUCGCAAGUGCAGGUUCAGCCUAUUCCAGCAAAACAAGCUCAACCGACCGGGCCAGCAUUGCCACAACCUACACAAUAUACGGUACCAACUACACCGCGUACCUUCGUUGAUCAGACUGGUGCAAGUUCUGUGGGAAAUGAUCGUUAUGAUAGCUACGGGCAACCGCAACCUUCCUACACCGGUAUCUACGUGCAGGGCAAUAACGAUCCAGGAAAGAGGCGUCAAGAUGAUGAUUACGUUGAUCAAUUCGAGGCCAGCGGACAACAGCAGUUGCCACAACGGCCACCAUCAAACUGGCAAGGCUCCCUGCCGGACAUUAACCCGGCAAAUAUAAACCUGGACCAGUUCAAUGGACAAGUAUAUCCCAUCCACACCGUUGGCUAUGAGACACACGGAGCUGGCGUACAAACGACGACUGGUCAGUUUUCUACCACUCAGCACAACCUAAACAUUACGCAGCUUCUGGCACAGAUUGAAGCGGUCAACUCACAGGUUAUCACGCUCAACAUGCUACUGGCGGGAAUGGCAAGGAACCCAACUGCCUACGGUAACGCGAACGAAAACAGUUGCCGCAGUGUAGUGCAGCUGCUGCAGACUCAAAAACGCACACCCCAGCUUGUGUACGUGCCGAUCCUAAUCCCAUACACCGAAGGUCAGUACAACAUUAAUCAACCGAUCGCACCGGUCAGCUCGGAAGCCUACCCAGGUCAACAACAUUCUAACUGAGGCUGUCGUAACUGUCGGGGUUGAUAAGAUACCAUGAUGCGGAAAGUUGCAACAGUUGAUUAGUGGCGGUGAGUGGUAAUGAACAAAGAUUUUGUCUUUUACUUUGGCAUUGAGGACAUAUUAAGCAACAUUGGAAGGAAGUUGUUAAUCGUAAAAUACGUGCGAAACAAAGGCAAGCAUAAUCUAUACAGAUGAGAGGGAAUACAGAUUAUAUUUGCUUGAAAAGUAGUACGUAAUAAAGAAUAAGAGCAACAAUGAA